GGAGAGGUUCUCUAUAGGGCGACCAGAUGUACGUGUUCAUGAGCCUAUAGACGCCAUGUUUGAUGUUGACGGCAUCGACAUGCCUACUUUCGGUCUGUGUUGGACUCGUCGCGAGGUAUGCACCGUGUUGUAGUUUAAUGCAACUUUUUCUGCACAAGAGAUAGUUCGAUGCUAGCGGCUACUAACUUUUCUUCUCUGCAGAGACGCUUUGCUAGUGAUCAGACCAGGAAGGCAUACACAGCAUUGAACGAGCAGUUCGAUGCGUACACCGGGGUCAUCUGGCAGCCCUACACGGAAGCAGCCAUACAAGCGAGAUACCCUGCUGGUAUGUCUGUGCUAUGCACAAGGGACCGAGAUUACUGGAUGACAAAAUCUAAGAUCAUCUUCGAUGUCUUCGUCGAGGAGAUGGCACAACAGAGGGUUAUGAGGCAAUUUGGUCUUCUGCAGUUGGAGCUACCUCCCCCUAUAGAGAACCCGGUGCCAGCACACAUCCACAGGCUACCUUGACACGCGAACUCUACGACGACGUGACCACCUUUGGACGAUCACUAUCGUCUGGACCUCUUCUUCAGCAUCGUCCAGUGGUACAGCCCUUCUUGGAAAGAAUUCAGAAUAAGAUACGGACUGUGUACGAGGCUAUCACGUGCACCCGGAGAACCGAUGUUGUUCAGCACCAGCAGGAGCAGCCGCGUCACUCCAUGCACCGACAUCAACCACGUCCACGUCUAGCACAUCAGCCGACAACCAGGCCACCCCGUCCUGACCAACCUGGCAGUUCUACGUGGCACCCGCAGCACUAUGGUCCCACGUCGAGCUUCGUGUUUUCUCCACAGCCACAGCAACACGGUCCCUCGUCGAGCUUCGUGUUAUCUCCACAGCCACAGCAGCACGGUCCC